UGACAAGUAUAUAUGGGUUCUGUGUUUACUGUUAGCUAGUUAGAUCUUUUAGCUUUUGCCACCACCAGAAAGUCACAAUGUCCCGUCUACUUUGUUUGCCAUAACUAAUCGACGGCAUAUUGUAAAAGUUAGUGAUACACUAUUUCUCAAAUCCAUACUUUUUUUGUUUUUGUUUUGUCCACUAACUGAAGAGGAAGCCUCAUCUGGAAACAUCUGCUCAAGAUCAUCCUAAAGUUAAGUGAAGGCGUUCUGAGGUGGCAGCCAUGGUGCUGAUUCUGGGCAGAAGGAUGACCAGGGAGGACUCUGGCAUCAAAGAUUCACCAGCUGUCAAACGCAAGGUAUUUGAGGUUGACUCCAAAACUUUUGCCAGCCAGGAUGUCUUGGACUUCUGUUCUGGCUCAUCCCACUCAGAGGACAUCCUGCAGGUUUUCAAUGAGUUUCGUGACAGCCGCCUGUUCACCGAUGUUGUCAUCAGCGUGCAGGGCCGGGAGUUCCCCUGCCACCGCGCCGUGCUCUCUGCCUGCUCCUCCUACUUCAGAGCCAUGUUCUGCAACGACCACCGGGAGAGCCGUGAGAUGCUGGUCGAGAUCAACGGCAUCCUGGCCGAGGCGAUGGACUCUUUCCUCACCUAUGUUUACACCGGCCGCGCCAAGAUCACCACAGAGAAUGUCCAGUUCCUCUUUGAGACUUCCAGCCUCUUCCAGAUCUACACACUGCGUGACGCCUGUGCCAAGUUUCUUGAAGAUCAGCUGGACCCUUGCAACUGCCUGGGCAUCCAGCGCUUUGCAGAUGCUCAUUCCCUGAAGCAGCUAGCCAGCCGCUGCCGCAGUUACGCCAUGGCCAACUUCUCAGAUGUGGCUCAGCAUGAGGAGUUCCUCGACCUUCGCAAGGAAGAGUUAGAAGAGUACACUGCCAAUGAUGAGCUGUGUAUCGGUAAGGAGGAGGUGGUGUUUGAGGCAGUGAUGAGAUGGGUGUACCACGGUGUGGAGCAGAGGAAGCCCAUGCUGAAGGCCCUGCUGCACCAUGUGCGGCUGCCCCUCCUGCACCCAAACUACUUUGUCCAGACAGUGGAAGGAGACCAGCUGAUCCAGAACGCUCCAGAGUGCUACCAGCUUCUGCACGAGGCCAGACGCUAUCAUGUGCUCGGAAAUGAAAUGAUGUCACCCAGAACUCGUCCACGCAGGUCGACUGGCUUUUCUGAGGUGAUCGUGGUGGUGGGUGGUUGUGAGAGAGUGGGGGGCUUCAACCUGCCCUACACUGAAUGCUAUGAGCCAGUCACAGGAGAGUGGAGAUCACUGGCCAAACUACCUGAGUUUACCAAGUCAGAGUAUGCUGUCUGCGCCCUUCGCAACGACAUCCUGGUGUCAGGUGGUCGUAUCAACAGCAGGGACGUGUGGAUGUAUAACUCCCAGCUCAACCUGUGGAUCAGAGUGGCUUCUCUUAACAAAGGCCGCUGGAGACACAAGAUGGGCGUCCUGCUGGGCAAGGUAUAUGCUGUUGGUGGCUACGAUGGGCAGAGCCGCCUGAGCAGUGUGGAGUGUUACGACUCCUUCUCUAACCGCUGGACUGAAGUGGCUCCCAUGAAAGAGGCGGUCAGCUCUCCGGCCGUGGCCAGCUGUGCCGGCAAGCUGUUUGUCAUAGGAGGAGGACCUGACGACGAGACCUGUUCAGACAAGGUUCAGUGCUAUGAUCCAGAGGCAGACUCUUGGUUACUGCGGGCCAACAUCCCCAUCGCUAAGCGUUGUAUCACAGCAGUGUCCCUCAACAACAUGAUCUAUGUGUGCGGGGGUCUCACCAAGUCCAUCUUCUGCUACGACCCCAUAGAGGACUACUGGAUCCAUGUGGUUCACACCUUCAGCAAACAGGAGAGCUGUGGCAUGUCAGUGUGCAACGGCAAGAUCUUCAUCCUUGGUGGGAGAGGGGAAAAUGGCCUGGCAAGCGACACCAUCCUGUGUUACGACCCGUCAUCGGGCAUCAUCACAGGAGUGGCCGCCAUGCCACGGCCGAUCUCCUACCAUGGCUGUGUCACCAUCCACCGCUACAAUGACAAGUGCCGCAGGCCCUGACCAUGAACAGGCACACAGAAACACACACUAAAGAACUUAAACCCUUCAAGUUCACUCUAUGCACAACACACACACAAACACACAAUAACAUACUUGUUUAUAACAGUCCCACUUUGUCCAUUUUACCGCUACCACACAUUUAUUUUCCCACAGCAUCGUGUAGCAAUACUUCCGGUUACUCAUGGUGGUGCUGUGAAUCUUUUGCAGUUGUGUAUCAAAGUUAAAUCCAAUCUGUAGAAAUUAACAUGGGUUGAUGAUGAGUUGUAUAUAACCUGAGCUAAAGUGGAGUCAGAUCAACAUGGCAGGUGUGCCUUGCAUUAAGAGUAACUGCACAUUGUUGGGAAGUAACAGAUCAUAAAUUAUAGAAGUAAAGGGAUUUGAUUAUCAUAAAUGUAAAAUAAAUAGAAAUGCAAAAAAAUAUUUGAUUGAAAAUGUUGUGAGUACAUUUUAAUUUGAGAUUAAUUUCUAAUCCUAGGAAUUGUGUUUCUGUGGUAAAACAAUUCUAAACUCACUUAUUUAAGAAAUAAAGUAAAGUCACUUAUUUGCUUCCAUAAUUGCAUUUUUGGUGGAUUCAAUUAAUGGGCGACAAUUUAUAAUAACAUUAUUCAGUCAAUUAAUAAUAAUUAAUUUAAUUACAAUAGUGGUUACAAGUAUGUUGACAGUUUGAAACUGAUCUACCCCACCCUGUGCUUUUAUUACUGUGCAAAGUAACCUCAUCCUGAGAUUUCUGAUGAGCUGAAUUGAACUCAGGUUGUGCUGAUGAACAAAAACCCCUAAGGCAAAAGAAAAUUGCCCUGACAAAAAUUAGCCAAGAAUGAUCUACCUGCAGCAGAACAAAUAUUUGUUGACUGACAAAUCAAAGAUCAAAGGCUUUAUUUGUCAUAUGCACAAUAGCUGCAGCAUAGUUUUGUCAAAGACAAUCUUGAGUCUCAAGCUCCUCCAAUAGUGCAACAUUCAAUAUUUUUAAAGGUCCCAUGUCAUGGCCAUUUCUACUGAUCAUAUUUCCAUUGUUGAGGUAUACUAGAAUAGAUUUAA